GCCAGAUGGGUGGGGUGGGGGUGCGUGGGGGUCUGCAGCCUGAGCUCCCCACCCCCCGGGGGGCGGGCCCUGCGCCAGCGGCAGGAACCAGACACCGACGAUGAUGAAUAAAUGAUGCUGGCUCACAGCCUGCGCUUAUCGCUGGGGCGCGCGUGCAGGCGAGCGGGAGCAGCGGCCAGCGGGCGGCAGGGCGGACAUGGGCCGGCCCCGGGGCACCGGGCCCCUCUGGGCGCUGGGCGCCGCCGCCCUGGGGGCGAGCCUCGCGGGGGUCGUCGGGCAGCUGGUGGAGCCCAGCACGGCACCGCCAAAGCCCAAGCCACCCCCGCUGACCAAGGAGACGGUGGUAUUCUGGGACAUGCGUCUGUGGCACGUGGUGGGCAUCUUCUCGCUCUUCGUGUUGUCCAUCAUCAUCACUCUGUGCUGUGUCUUCAACUGCCGCGUGCCACGGACCCGCAAGGAGAUCGAAGCCCGGUACCUGCAGCGAAAGGCAGCCAAGAUGUACACGGACAAGCUAGAGACGGUGCCGCCCCUCAAUGAGCUGACAGAGAUCCCCGGAGAGGACAAGAAGAAGAAGAAGAAGAAGGACAGUGUGGACACAGUGGCCAUCAAGGUGGAGGAGGAUGAGAAAAACGAGGCCAAGAAGAAGAAAGGAGAGAAGUGAGGAGAGCUUCCUGGAGGCGGCAUCGGGCUGGCAGGCCCUGGACACGUCCUGACCACAGUCCAGGCACCUUUGGUUCCAAGCUGGACCCUGGAUCACAACAGAGGUGGUGCUACACCCUCUUCCUGCUCGAGGGGGAGUGAGGCCCACGGUCACGUCAGAGACAAGACUGCUGCAUCCCGAGUCCUACCUCCCAGCCUAGAUGCCCCUCCUUUCCCCCCGUCCUCGUGGCCACCCAGCAAGGCUGGCCCCUGGCCACUGUCCCUCUGUGGCCUGCCAGCAUACCCCUGCCCACCCAGACCUGCCUCUGCCCCACCUUUCUUCGAGGAACAGCCUUAGCUCUAGAGGGGCACAGGGCGAGGCUCGUCCUGGCGGGGACGGGGGCGGGCCAUGACGGGGAGAGAGGCACUGGGCACUGUGGAGGGGGUAGCAGGGGCUGCUCGGACGUGGCCAACUGAGCCUGGCACAGAUCCAGCAAUGUGUGCAAAAGAGACCCCCUAGGCAGGAGGCCCCACGGCCCAGCAGAACCAGUUCCAGGCAAUGCAGAGCAUUAGUUUGGGAGAUGGAUUUGGAGCUGGGCCUGCAGGGAGACUCCGCAGAGGCCUCCGGGCUGGAGGCUAGAGUCGGGUAGGGAGGGAGGCUCGGGGUGCCGAGGGCUGAGGCCAGCAGGCCAGAGGGAGAAAAAAAGGAAAUUGGGACCUGGGCCCCUUCUUGGACCUCCAGAGGCACACGGGGCUGUGGUGGGGAGUACCUGGACCCUAGGGGAUCAGCAGGGGGGCUCGAAGCAGGAGAGGCAGCAACCAGCCUUCCUCUGGAGACGGUCCCAGCACCGGCAACCGUCUUCUGCCAGGGUCGGGGGCAGCACACACACAGACCCCUGAGGCGGGGUCCUGGGGCAGGGGAGAUGCUCGGGGCUCCCGGGAUGGGUCCCGGGGCUCCCAUCCAGGGGCUGCUGACAUGGUGGCACUGCCCUGGUGUGGCAUGUCAGCAAAGCUGAGGGCCUCUCAGGCCUGCACCAGAGACAGGAGGCAUCCCCAGGGUUUUCCUAACAGCCAUUGGUGCCCGGUGGCACCAACCCGGCUGAGUUCCUCUUGGGCUUGUCCUCCCAGUCGGAGUGGGGAUGAGUUGGAAAGCAAGCCAGUGGCCAAGCAGCUGCGGCCAGCGGUGGGGAGGGCUGAGGACCAGGGAAGGAGUGGCCACUCCACCUCCCCACCUCCCCCCAAGACUCUUCAUUGGCCUUCAGUGGCCUCAGCCCAGUGCUGGGCACCUGGUCCCAGAGACCCAUCCUAGGCUUCUCGUUCCUCUGCUUCUUGAAGGUCGUUCUGGUCCAAGGAGUGGGGACCAGGCCCCGACCUUCAGCACAGAGCUGAGGACUCGGCCCCAAGAUGGGCACAGUGAGCCCAACCCCUGGGCUUGUCAUUCAAAGGAGAGACACCCUGGCGGGGUGGAGGGAGCCACUUAAAGCCACUUGUCACUGCCAGGUCCAGGCUUCCCCACCCUGCCAGCUGUCCCCCCGAGAGAGGGCUGCCGAGUGCGGGCACUGUCCCAUGCCAAUGCUGUCUGUGCCUGGCUCAGCGCUAGAGGGCCCACACUCAUGUCUUCAGCACUUUGGGCAAAUCCCUCUGGUCACUGGCCAAAGUCAAGGAGAGCCUGGCCCUCUAGAGUAUCCCCCAAAGGACGCGCUCGGGUCCCAGCCCAGACACAGCACCAUCCCCUCACCUUCACCUCCCGCCGCAUCCUGGCUGGUCCAGGGUCAGCCUCGCUGGAACAUUCUAGACCUAUCAUCUGGCCUCAGAACUGUCCCAUCACGGUCCUUCCAUCUUCCCCUAGGGCCAUGGCCCUUGCAAAGGCAGAUCCAGGGGUUCGCGCUUUACAAAA